AUGGCCACCCACCUUGCCGCCGUCUCUAUCGCAAAAGGUGAGCCCUUCGAGGUUCAAACCCGCCAUACGCCAAAACCAGGCCCGGACGAGCUCCUCAUCGAAGUCAAAUCCGUAGCCCUCAAUCCAGCCGACGGCCAUAUGCGUGACCAAGGUCUUUUCAUACCUACCUACCCCACAGUCAUCGGCUUCGACCUCUCGGGGCUAGUACUCGAAGUCGGCGACAAUGUUCCCGUCGGCGUCACCGAUGAGGGUCUUGGGCCCUUUUUCCGACCGGGAAUCACCCGCGUCGCCGCAUAUGCCGCCUCCUUCUGGAAGUCCUACGACCCUGACUACGGUGUCUUUCAGGAGCGGUGUCUCAUUCCCUGGCAGCACGCCCUGCCUCUUCCAGAUGAGGGUAUUUCUUGGAACCAAGCGGCAACCUUGCCCGUUGCUGUUCAGGUGCCCCUUAGUGCGUGGGAUGCUAUGGGGAUUCCACGGGUGGGAGAAGCUACUGCUUCUUCUUCUGUCUCCGUUGCCCCAGCUGGCGCCAGAACUCAGGAAAAUAGGAAACAAAAGAGAGAGGCCCUAUUAAUCUGGGGCGCUUCUUCUAGCGUGGGCACAAUGGGCGUGCAAAGCGCCCGGCUGCUGCGGGAAGAUCGCGAUUCAUUUUUCGUUGCCGUGUACGCCACGGCUGGUGCGGCGAAUCAAAAGUACGUAGGCUCCCUAGGCGCGGAUCGCGUCUUCGAUUACAAUGAGCCACAGGUUGUGGAUGCGAUCAUUUCCGCGGCCAAAGAAGAUGGCUUAGUGAUUCGGCACUGCUUUCUUGCCACGGGGCAACUGGCGCCGUGUCAGGCCGUGCUUAAGGCUUUCUUUGGUGACGAUCAAGGCGGAGAGAACCAUAGGGCGAAGAUAGGAUCGGCCCCGAUUAUUCCUCCAGAUGCGGAAGAGGUAAAUGGAGUGGAAACCAUCUUUUUGAUGCCGUCGAUGGACGAAGGGGAGAGGUUGGCUCACUUCCGAUAUUGGAUGGGGAUGUGGCUUAGGGAGAACCUGGCCAACGGGGCUAUUAGGCCGAGCCCGGAGCUGAGAAUCGUGGGAAAGGGUUUGGGGGCUAUCAAUGCUGGGUUGGAUGUACUACUCCAGGGGGUGAGUUGUACGAAGUUGGUUGUUGAGGUUGCCGAGUGA